UACUACUAAAAGCUUUUUAUUCAAAAAUUUAUAAAAUGUUUGUCUUCCUGUGACGUCACGCUUGGGGUAUUUCCCAAAAAUUGUUGCAAUCGAAAGUAGAAAGAUAUGGCGACAAACGAGAUUUUCGCGGAAGAUUUGCUUCGGAUAAGGAUAAAAGGCGCAGGAAAUCCAAACUUAUCGUUGACCAUAACUAUGCCAAUGUUUUCCUGUGUGAUGGAGGCGAUUGUAAAAGGAAAAAGUGUCCAAGUUCCUUGCAUAUGACUUUACUACAAAAAGUAAACAAGAAUGGUUGGAAAGUGGGUCGGAGGCUCAUUGAACUGAAUGUACUGCUACUCCAUCUAAAAUCAUGCCGAAAAUGCAUGCUUGGCCCAGUGCCACUUAUGUACAACAACAUCGUUGGUGAAUUGCAAAAUGGUUUAGGCGGAUAUCUAUAUGCUGUGUGCCAAAACCCAGACUGCAGCCACAUAAAUCGAGUGCCAUAUGGGAAGACCCACCAUAUAAAAAACAAGGGGAUGCCAUGCUUUGUUAUUGUAGCACUAUGAUUGACAGUUUGGGUGGUGCAGAGAAAGUGAACAAUCUCCUAGCAGUCCUGAAUUUGAAGGCGAUUCAUCCAAAGAACUUAAAACUACUUGAAAACCGUGCUGGUGAGGCUAUUCAGGAGGUGUCCAGAGAAUCCUGCAAAAAUGCUGCAAAAGAAGCUUUUGAAAAAGAAAUGAGUGAUAUUGCCCGGCAAGAGACUGAGCAAGCACAUGGGCAAAUGGUAGGAGAGAUUGAUGACCUAGGAGUGUGUCCUCUCCCUGGAGAAUCUCCAUCACUUCAACUUCAAGCAAGGCAGGUAAUUGAAUGUGAAACAGAUUCCGACGUUGAGAAAGACUCUGUACUGUCUGAAGUAAAUGAUCCAGUACCAGGUCCGCAGAAUGAAUCUUCUGUUAUGACAAGUACACCUCAGAAUGUACUUCAGUCAUCACUUCAUACAGAAAGAAUAAGUCGUCUGUCGGCAAGAAGAUUCGCAAAACAAUCGCCUAAGCUGAAAUCAAGGAAAAGACUUGAGAAGAAGUUUCCAUGUCGUACACGAACUGGAAUGUCCUCUUCGUGCGAUACAGCCUGGCAAAAGAAAGGUUUUGAUUCGCUUACAUCUGACACCUUCUUCAUGACAACAAACAAAGCAGGCAGGAGGAAAAAGGUCAUCAUGUUGGACAUAGACAUUAUGGCAAGUGCAAGUGGUGGAAGCGGAACAGGCAGGGUCAGAAAGUAAGACCUCAUUAUUGUGUAAAAAAAUCACACUGGGAGUGCAAGAUCGAUGGAAGCAGCCAAUGGUUUGAAAGGAGUUAGAGAGCUGUUCAAUGAAGGAACUCCUAUUGAGUACUUGGAAGGAGAUAGAAACGAUUUGACGAAAAUUAUGUUGUCAAAAAUGUGACUGGGACAUUGUAUAAAAUGAAGAGUGUCUUUAAACUAAGUGACAAUGUUAUAUCACACAUAAAAAAAAUGUUUGUCCUAUGCUUUCUCAAAAAAGCAAGGUGAUAAAAUUGGAAUGGAGGAGAACAUUCGGGCAUUGAUACCGCACCAAUUUGCAGACCACACUCUCUGCCAUGGACGAUUCUGUGGAUAUAAAAGAAGGCCGUCUAGAAGUAUGUGUACCGCAGUCUGCCAUAUAUGACACCGCUACAUGACAGUAAUCUCAGGACCAAGCUACAGGCGGUGUUUGACACUGUUACAGCCAAUGCCCACAGUUACGUUGACCUUGGAUCUAGUCAACAAUGCGAGUCGGCCAACAGACGUGUCUCGUUGCGCGCACCAAAAUCACAUUACUAUGGUGACACUAAGAGUCUGGACUACCGUGCUGAAGCGACCGCUGCUUGUAUAAAUGAGGGAAGACAUUACCUAUCGCAGUUUAGUCAACUACAUGGACACAGUCACACCCAAAGUCAUAAGAAGAGAACUUAAACAUAGGGAUUUGCGAAGUUGGGGCUUUCUCCAGGGGAGUGCACUAUUCAACAUUCGAAAAGACAGUUGAAACGACGGAGGGAACUGACAGAUAGAGCCCUGUUACCAUCCUCUAAACGUCGGCGACUGGAGCUGAAGAAAG